AUGACUAAGAACUCCAUCGAUAAACGGGACUUCGACGCAAACCGCCCACUCCUCCAAGACACAGAAACAGAGCAGGAUGGUGGAAGUCCUGUUCUUGCAGAAGGAUUUGGCUCGCGACACUCGCGCAAUUCCGGGCCAAGGAGCGAUGACGGGCUGUUGAAUGAUGUUGUGGGCGAAAUCGUCGAACGGGACAGACGGAAGAUGCACAAGGAGGUUGUCCGGGUGGUUAGUUUUGGAUGGGGCGUUGUGACAUGCUUAGGUGCUGGUAGUAUUACUGCCUUUUCAUUAUAUGGCCCUCUGCUGUUAACCCGCCUGAAAUACUCGCAGCUUCAGGUGAACAUCGUUUCAAUAGCCGCCGAAGUGGCUCUAUAUAUCAACGCCCCGCUGUUCGGCUACUUGUGCGAUCGGUACAGUCCAGCGCCGCUGGCUUUGUUCUCCGGCACGAUUUUCGGAACAGGAUAUAUCCUUGCGGCCUUUACGUACCGGAGUGGCCCGCCAGUUGAGGCGGGUGGAUCUGGAUGGCCCUUUUGGGUCAUGGUCGUGGCCUUCGUCUGUAUCGGGAUGGCAACGUGUUGUAUGUACCUUUCUGCUGUGGCUACAUGCGCGAAGAACUUCGGCAGAGGCAAGCAUAAGGGUAUGAUGCUCGCUGUCCCGAUUGCGGCUUUUGGACUGAGUGGUAUGUGGCAAAGCCAAAUUGGAACCUAUCUCUUCUAUGAAGUCCUUCCCGAUGGAAGUCAUGGAGAUCUUGAUGUGUUCAAGUACUUCUUGUUUUUGGGUGUUUUGCUGCUUGCAAUUGGAGUCAUCGGCACCUUUGCCUUGCGAAUUGUUGAAGAUGAUGACGAGUAUAUUGACGAGACUGUUGAGGAGCUGGAACGCAGCGGUCUAUUGGAAGAAAGUGAUUUCUUCCGACCGCGAAGUGGCAACCCGGCAACAGUUGAAUAUGGAACGUUUUCAGACGCUUUUGAUCAGGAAAGUGUGAACCUUUCGGACGAAGAACGUGAACAGCAAAGGCUGGAACGUGAACAGGAGGAGGAGGAGCGUCGAAAGAAGAAUUGGCUUCUCAACUAUGAGACCAGAAUCUAUCUCAAAGACCAUACAAUGUGGUGGUUGGCCGCUGGCUUUUUCCUUGUCACAGGCCCCGGUGAAUCAUACAUCAACAAUCUCGGCACAAUCAUCCCAACCCUAACGCCUAUAUCUUUCGCCGGCACCACACCACCCGCCGGGUCUCCUUCCACUCAUGUAUCUACCAUUGCCUUGACCUCCACGAUCGCCCGCCUGGUCACAGGCUCCCUUUCUGACUUUUUCGCACCUCCAACCACCCAUCUCUUUCCUCCCAUCCCGGAAGGCGCCCGCCACCGACACCCAGACCCCGCUGCCUCGGGCCUAACUCUAUCCCGAAUGACAUUCCUACUCCCAUCGGCCAUCCUUCUCUCGUUGGGCUAUCUGAUCUUAGCAUCUCCACUCCCCAUCUCACACCCAGGCAUCUUUAACCUGACUACUGCUCUUAUCGGCUUUGGGUAUGGUAGUGCCUUCUCCCUCACCCCAAUUCUCAUCUCCGUCGUGUGGGGCGUGGAAAACUUCGCCACGAACUGGGGUAUCGUGGCUAUGAUGCCUGCCGCUGGGGCUGCUCUUUGGGGUAUCGUUUACUCCGCCGCUUAUCAAAAUGCCAUGGAAAUGGGAGAUCAAGUCGACGGGCAGUGUCAUGGUUGGCGAUGCUACGGUUUCUGGGCUGUUGGCUGUACCAUCAGUGUUUGGGUCGCCAUUGCCGCCUGGCUGGCUGCCUGGAUGGGCUGGAAGAAGAGAGGGAUUGUGGUUUGA